CUAUCGUCACCCCCUCCUCGUUCCUUGUCCGUUGUUCUCCCCCCUCUCCCUCGUCGCUCUUUGUCUUUCCCAUCCUCUUCUCAGUGUUCAGAUGCGUGCAGGUUUUCAUCGCUUCGAGUAAGAGCUUCUUCUGAAGAGUCAUCCACUUCUAUUCAAACUGAUGAGCUCUUGUCAGAUCUUAAAGAGAAGUGGGAUGCUAUUGAGAACAAAUCAACGGUUUUCAUUUAUGGAGGAGGUGCUAUUAUUGCAGUCUGGCUAUCAUCUAUUCUGGUUGGAGCCAUCAAUUCUGUUCCUCUGCUUCCGAAGAUUAUGGAGUUAGUGGGUCUCGGAUACACGGGAUGGUUUGUAUAUCGCUACCUACUCUUCAAGUCAAGCAGAAAAGAACUAGCUAAUGACAUUGAAGAUUUGAAGAAAAAGAUUGCAGGAACAGGUGAGUAGAUGAUCAGUCACGCUGCAGAAGAGAGAUUUCUAUUGCUUCCCUGUAUAACAAAUGCUGUGUUUAUUGAGCAUUGUAUUUCUUGUAUGGCCUUAAAUUAUUGUGAUUGUCAUUUUUUCUUUGAAAAUAUGAUGGUUUUGUAAACUAUAACUGAUAAUUAUAAUUAGCGUUUUUUUCAUGGCUGUUAAA